AUGGAGUUUUAUUUGGAGAUUGACCCCGUUACCUUGAAUCUCAUCAUUCUGGUAUCUAGCUAUGUCAUUUUGCUUCUGGUUUUCCUGAUCUCCUGCGUGCUCUAUGACUGCAGAGGGAAGGAUCCCAGCAAGGAAUAUGCUCCUGAGGUCCCUGCAGACAGCCAGCCCCCGAUCCGGCUGGUGGUGAUGCAGCAGGGCUCCCCUGGCACUCGCUGGGCAAAGGGGCUCGUCUCUGCCUACGAGAACCCUGCUGAUCUGCCUGGGAAAAGGACUACAGUGGUGUGA